GUCAAAAUUGCGCGCCUGAAACGGGCUCAGACUCGGAGACUUACGGAUCGAAAACACCAGAAGCUUCUGUUUUGCUGUAAUUUUGUUUAAAGCAGACAAAAUGCCGAAAGUAAAGAGGAGUAGAAAGCCACCCCCAGAUGGAUGGGAGCUCAUUGAGCCCACUUUGGAUGAGCUGGAUCAGAAAAUGAGAGAAGCUGAAACAGACCCUCAUGAGGGGAAGCGAAAGGUGGAGUCUCUCUGGCCAAUUUUCAGGCUGCACCAUCAGCGCAGUCGAUACAUCUACGACCUCUUCUACAAAAGAAAAGCCAUCAGCCGAGAGUUGUAUGACUACUGCAUAAAGGAAGGCUAUGCAGACAAGAACCUGAUAGCCAAGUGGAAGAAGCAGGGCUAUGAGAACCUGUGCUGCCUGCGCUGCAUCCAAACACGAGACACCAACUUUGGAACUAACUGCAUUUGCAGAGUCCCCAAGAGCAAGCUGGAAGUCGGAAGGAUCAUUGAGUGCACUCACUGUGGAUGCAGAGGAUGCUCUGGCUGAGCGAAGUUUAUGUUUGACAUGAGGACUCAUCCGGUUUUCAUAACAUAAGCCUAAAGCAUUUGUUUUUGUUUCAUUCAUCUGCAUCAGAAACACAUCACACCAUCACCCUCAGCUGUCCUUAUGUGGGAUCAAUAUUCUUGAUGUUCCUCUGUGUUUAACCACAGCAAAGCAGUGGGGAGAGCACAGUGGCUGGGGCCACUUUUUUCCUUACCAUCAGUUUUUAUGUGUGCUUUUUAUUCUAGAAGUGAAGGACUGUUUCUGAGUCAGUCCUGUCAUUUCAGAUAGACAAGCUCACUAUGAAGGUCAGUUCUAAUGCAUUGAUUUUCAUUUGUUGUACUCUGAAGUAGCUUUGGUCUUGAUUUUAUUUUGGGGAUUUUGGGAGUUUUUUUGAUGAAAAUCUAAAUGUCUCUCCAUCAUUAUUACAGUAUGAUUUUUAAAUAAAACAUUUCAGUCA